AUGACCCAAACCAACACUACCACUGAUCAAUUAGCUCUUCUUUCGUUAAAAUCUCAAAUCAUGUCCGACCCUUUUCACUUCUUGGAUGAAAGCUGGUCUCCUGCUGUUUCUGUUUGUCAUUGGAUUGGAGUCACUUGUGGCUCCCGCAACCAGCGAGUGAAGUCCUUGAAUCUUUCCAACAUGGCUCUUGCAGGAAGGAUUACCCGGGAAUUCGGAAACCUCACAUUUCUUGUUUCUCUUGACUUGGGAAGCAACAAUUUCCAUGGAAACUUGCCUCAGGAAAUGACACGCUUGCGUCGGCUUAAGUUUCUUGAUUUAAGUUCAACAGCUUCAGCGGGGAGGUUCCCUCUUG